AGAGAGCUAGGAGGUCGCAACGCAGGAUCGUCCUCCCGGACCCUGAGCCGCCGGGGACAGAUCAAGGUUGGGGCAGAGCCUCUGGGGCUCCGGGCAGAGGGGCCCCUCGCCCCUGCCCCGCGGGGCCGCCUCGCCGCUGGCCCCCGCUUCGACCUUCUCGGCCGCCGACUUCUUCCAGAGUUCGCAGCCAGCGGGCGGCCGCUCGCCCCUCGGCAUUCUAUGCCUCCCGGAGUGCCCAGGUGAGCCUCGGGCCCCGCUAAGCCCCUACAGGCGCCGCCCCCCCUCUGUAGCCGCCACCGCCACCGUCACCACCGUCGCAGCAGCCGCCGCCGGGCCGGGUCCCCAGCAGCUGUCCGCGCCUCCCCCCUCCAGCCCCGGACACACAUGAGAUUCUUCAGGCUGACUUUCAAGUGUUUUGUCGACUGCUUCUGAGUACCCCCCGCCCGCCCCCUCGAACCUCACAGCCCUUUAUCCUCCCCCCCAACCAGGGGACUCCCCAUCCUUUCCCCUUCCCCUUUCCCCUUCCCUUCCCUCUGGAAAAUCGUCUCCCCCCUCCCCAAAUUCCGGGGGCAGCUUCCUUGCUGCUCCCCUAGAUCCUGGGCUCGUGCCCUCCUCCCCUAAUUGUUAGGGGCAUCUGCUGUCGACUGUUGGCGAAUUCAUUAGAGGGGAUUUGGGGAGACCACCUUGUGCGUCGGAGCACCCGGGCCUCCCGGGGUGUCCGACUCCUUUAAAGGGGACAGGAGUACCUAGACAGUGUCCUUUGUAUUCUCUCCGUGAUCCCCCCCCAACCCCAAUCCGAGCCCUCUGUCGUAUUCCACACAAACACACACGCAUACACACAAACACACACACAAGACACACACACCCCCAGCCCUGCCCUCGUAGCCAAGCCAUGGCGAAGAAGACCACAGAGAACGGCAUCUACAGCGUGUCCAGAGAAAAGAAGGGCUCGCUCCUGGACCCCGCGGACGGGCCCCCCCCAGUCAAGUCGGAGGUGGUGGCAGCCGGGAUGGGGGGCCCGAGUCCGGGCCCGGGCCUGGCCAUUCCGCCCCGGGAGACGUGGACCCGCCAGAUGGACUUCAUCAUGUCUUGUGUGGGGUUCGCGGUGGGCCUCGGCAACGUCUGGCGUUUCCCAUACCUGUGCUACAAGAACGGUGGAGGAGUAUUCCUAAUCCCCUAUCUUCUGAUUGCCCUGAUGGGCGGGAUCCCCAUCUUCUUCUUGGAAAUCUCACUGGGCCAGUUCAUGAAAGCCGGCAGCAUCAAUGUUUGGAACAUCUGUCCCCUCUUCAAAGGCCUAGGCUUUGCGUCCAUGGUGAUUGUCUUCUAUUGCAACACUUACUACAUCAUGGUGCUGGCCUGGGGUUUCUACUACCUGGUGAAGUCCUUCACGGCCUCACUGCCUUGGGCCUCCUGUGGGCAUGACUGGAACACCCCAGAGUGUGUGGAGAUCUUUCGCCAGGAGGAUUGUGCCAAUGCCAGUGUGGCCAACCUCACGUGUGACCAACUCUCAGAUCGCCGCUCCCCUGUUAUUGACUUUUGGGAAAAGAAAGUCCUUCGCCUGUCUUCAGGUCUAGAGGUGCCUGGGGAUCUCAAUUGGGAGGUGACCCUCUGCCUUCUAGCCUGUUGGGUUCUGGUCUAUUUCUGUGUCUGGAAGGGAGUCAAGUCAACCGGAAAGAUUGUUUAUUUCACUGCUACAUUCCCGUAUGUCGUCCUCCUUGUCCUGCUGGUGAGGGGUGUCAUGCUACCAGGAGCAUUGGAUGGCAUUAUCUACUAUCUCAAGCCUGAUUGGUCUAAGCUGGGGUCUCCACAGGUGUGGAUUGAUGCUGGCACACAGAUUUUCUUUUCCUACGCCAUCGGCCUGGGAGCACUCACAGCCCUGGGCAGCUACAAUCGUUUUAACAACAACUGUUACAAGGAUGCCAUCAUACUCGCGCUCAUCAACAGUGGUACCAGCUUCUUUGCUGGUUUUGUGGUGUUCUCCAUCCUGGGUUUCAUGGCCACGGAACAGGGUGUACACAUCUCCAAGGUGGCUGAGUCAGGACCAGGGUUGGCCUUUAUUGCCUAUCCCAGGGCUGUCACCCUGAUGCCUAUGGCCCCACUCUGGGCUGCCCUCUUCUUCUUCAUGUUACUGCUGUUGGGCCUGGACAGCCAGUUCGUAGGGGUAGAAGGAUUCAUCACUGGCCUCCUUGAUCUCCUCCCUGCCUCCUACUACUUUCGUUUCCAUCGGGAGAUCUCUGUCGCUCUGUGCUGUGUAGUCUGCUUUAUCAUCGACCUCUCCAUGGUUACUGAAGGCGGCAUGUACGUCUUCCAGCUGUUUGACUACUAUUCGGCCAGUGGUGUGACUUUGCUAUGGCAGGCAUUCUGGGAGUGUGCAGUGGUUGCCUGGGUUUACGGUGCUGACCGGUUCAUGGAUGAUAUUGCCUGUAUGAUCGGCUACCGGCCUUCCCCUUGGAUGAAAUGGUGCUGGUCCUUGUUCACCCCACUGGUCUGCAUGGGCAUCUUCACCUUCAAUGUGGCCUAUUACAAGCCACUUGUCUAUAACAACACCUAUGUGUACCCGUGGUGGGGCGAAGCGGUGGGCUGGUGCUUUGCCUUCUCGUCCAUGCUGUGUGUGCCACUUUACCUACUCUACCACCUCCUCGGGGCCAAGGGGACAUUCAUUGAGCGUUGGCGUGACCUGACCCAGCCAGUGUGGGGUCUCCAUCACUUGGAGUACAAGGCUCAGGACUCUGACGUCAGGGGCCUGACCACCCUGACCCCAGUGUCUGAGAGCAGCAAGGUCAUCGUGGUGGAGAGCGUCAUGUGACCUGCCCUGAGGGGGUGGGGCAGGAAGGGGGCACCUGCCUCUGCCCCAGUGUACCCCAAGCCAAUGGGAGAGACAGCCGAGCUCUCCCUCUCCUUCGCCUAUCCCCCCCACCAGCCUCCCUUCUUGUAGCCAUAGUAAACCCCCUCUCACUCCUUUCAACCCCCCUCACUGAGACCCUGGGGAGGGGGAGCCUUUUCUGUAUGAUACUGAUAGAGGGGACCCGGGUCAGGCUGGGGCCAUGCCAUGCUUGUAUGAGUGCUUGAGUCGAACUGGUUUUCUCUUUUCUUUUUUUAAAAUAAAACACCAAAAAAAAAAAUAAAAUUUUAAAAAAAACACCCACCAAAAUCAAGACCCCGCCCCCCACCAAUGGCACCUAGCCUAGUUAGUGGGAAUGUUGUUUUCCACUUUAAUUGCCCACCCUCUUCCCCCAGUUGGGAGCAGGGAGCUGACCUCUGGAGGAGCCCCCUUUUUUAGUGGAUGGGGACCCCCUGGGCCUCCACUCCCCUCCAUCCUUGGGUGGGGGUGUAUGUGUGGAGCAGCUCAGCUAGAGUAAACAAUUGGAGUAUCUUCUCUUCCCCUGCCCCAGGUUACAUUGUUGGUUAGUAGUCUUCUGGGCCCCAACCAAGGCCAAAUUCCCCAUGACCCCCCCCCCCAAGAUAAGGUGUGUAUGUGUGUGUGGGUGGGUGGUGUUUGUGCGUGCGCAUGUAUGUACAUAUAUACAGUGGCUAUAUAGAUAUAUACAGUAUAUAGAUAUAUACAAGACAUAUAUAUAUACAGUAUAUAGAUAUAUAUGGAAUUGAGAAUACCAGGUGUAAAUUAUGCCUAAGGGCAAAGAAGACUUGUAUUUUGCACAUUUUGUAAAAACUCUAAGAGAACUGAUUUCUGCCUGUAUAUUUCUAAAAAGAGAAACACCCUCCACCCCCCCCCCCCAACCCCAAGAGAGCCUGAUAGAGAUCUAAUUUUGUUAGAAAAAAAAAAAGCUGAAAAAAAGCUUCGAAUCCUGGCUUUGUCACAGGUUUUUGGUUCUUCCUUCCUGGCCAACAAGAGCAGCGAGGGGGACUCUGAUCUCCCUCCCCAGCAAUGCCGCCUGCCCGUGGCAUGGUGCCUGCUAUUCUGGCCCUUUAGGAGGGAGGGAAGGGGUGGCUCCCUAAAACACCAGCCUGGCAUAGCCCAAGGUGCCACUGUCCAUACUUGGCCCCUGCCCCAGCAUCCCAGGAAGGGGAGGGUGAUCGGUGCACCAGAGGGCACCUGAGAACCCAUGCCCGUGUUCCCCCUUCUAUGUCUGAUGCACUUGGCAUUAUCUCAGUCUUCCACAUAGAAGCUUUAAAACCCGCCUUGUGUCAAAGCAAAAUGGGCCCAAAGGAGACCAUGCCCAGUCCAGGUCUUGGGCCCUGGGACAUCCGUGACUGCUAAAAAGCCACCUGCAAACAUAGCAAUAAAGACAUGUCAUUUUUCAAA